UUAAAAAAUAAUCCUAAAAAGAAAAGUCUCAGAUCCCAACCCUCCUUUGACCCAAGUUAUACGCCUCGGGUCUGCUUUGAUCUCUCCCUCAGCAAUCGCCGGCGGUGCUGCGCUCAUUUUCUCCGUUGCUGCCCAUCCAAAGGACAAGUUUGUUAUGGUGAAGAGGAGUUGGAUGCAGGAGCUAUAUCGACUGCAUGCCAUUUUAGAUGGGAGAAAUACCAGACAACCACAAUUCGAUAAUGGACAAUCAUUUUUGUUUGUGAUUCAUUGAUAAUAUGUUAUUGCGUAGUUUAAUUAGAGCUUGUUGUGCCACCUAAUUUUUUUGUUACAAUUUGAUCGAUGACCUGCUGAACCAUGCUGGUUGUUACACUGUGAUUCACGAGUCCAUGGAGCGUGCAUUGGAGCAGUUUGUUUUCGUGCCAAAAUGUUUUCCAUCAGAUGCCUUAAGACUUUAUCUGGUUGAGAGAUUUAUGGGAUUCCUUGCAAUGGUGUAUGACUUGAAGAAUGUUUGGUCAUAAGAUGUUCAGAAAGCAUUCCGUUUAAUCUUGUAUACAACAUGAUUUGAUAAUUCUCUGUCUAAUAGUUGAUGCCAUUAAUUUUGGCGGUGCCUUUCCAGUUCGGAUGUGAGAGUUAAGAUAAACUAGUUUCUUAUUUGACAAGUGUGAAGUGUCUAAUGUUUUUGAGGCAAUUGAGCAGCUUCCAAUUUUGGCAAUGGAAACAAGUGCAGGCCCCGAGCACAACUUGAUGAUUGGUGGAAGUGAUUCACCGACUUUGCAAAUUGACCCCAAAAGAUCCCGGUUUCCAUGCUGCAUUGUGUGGACACCCCUUCCUGUUAUUUCAUGGUUGGUUCCUUUCGUUGGCCACAUUGGCAUAUGCAGAGAAGAUGGCGUCAUAUUGGACUUUGCAGGGCCCAAUUUCGUGUGCGUGGAUAACUUUUCUUUUGGAGCAGCAACUCGCUACAUCCAAAUAAACAAAGAAAAGUGUUGCACUAUUCCCGAUCCGUCUGAGUGCCAAAUUGAGGAUCAGUAUGGGGAGAAUGAACCUGGUAGAGACAUAAAGACAUGGGAUGAUGCACUCCGGAAGGGCACUCAGGAAUUCCAACACCGAGCAUACAACCUUUUUACCUGCAAUUGCCACUCCUUCGUAGCCAACAACCUAAACAGGUUAGGGUUUCGGUCUGGUGGGUGGAAUGUGGUGAACCUUGCAGCUCUGAUCUUCCUCAAGGGUCAGUGGGUGAGCACAGCAGCCGUGGUGCAGUCCUUACUACCGUUUUUAAUAAUAUUCUGUCUCGGAGUUGCAUUAGCAGGUUCAACCUUCCUAACGUACUUAGGUUUCUUCACCGCCUUUCUUGUCGGUUGGUUUCUUCUUGGUACGUACUGUUUCAAGAGUUUGAUCCAAUUGUAGAUUCUGUCAUUUGGAGUCUUCGUACGAAAACUUUGGUUUCAGAGACUUGUGAUUCAAAUGUAUAGAACAGAGGCAAUUGCCAGCUACUUUCGACACUUUAAAAGCAUUUUUCCCCGUUGA